AUGGCAACAACACAGGAUGUCAGUGCUGGCACAACCGAGAGUGACAUUGCUACCAGCGUUCAGCAAAUCGGCCCGUACGUCGAAGAUGGAGUGUGUGGUCCUCGAGCAGAUUCCCUGAUCAGUCCUGAGAACAGCUACGAGGUCCGGGGCCAUGACCCCUUAGUUGAGAAUCAACGGUCAACGUCUGAAGCAAUUGCGCAACCUUCACGCAGUGACGUUUCUAGUUCUCCAGACAUUCGCUACCGAGUGGAGUAUCGCCAGAUGAAAGACUACAUGUUGUUGGCGACGAAAGAUGCACGACAAAGCAAGGAGAAACUUGGCAUACAUGAGGGCCCAGUCUUCGACGUAGUGGAGCUGUAUUACACUUUGGAAACAAGAGACACCAGAAAAAACGAGGAAGAGCGGCAGGAACCCAAGCCAGCCUGGCAGAACGACACUUCAGCUCCACCGCCCUCUGUUCACUUUCGAGGAAACUCCCACAUCCGCAUAUACUCCCGUGCAAUCAUUAAUGCCCUACAAUCUGUAGUCAACUACUAUCCUGGUCUGGACCUUGUUGAACAACCGCUCGAUAUCGAUUGGCCCUAUGCUAUCGUUGUUCAUCACUGGGAGAAACUGCGAGAGUUCCGCGAGUCGUUCAAGGAACCAGAUCUUACCGCGGAGUAUUCGGCGUGCUCUGUGCCACACACAUACAAGCAUCUUGGACUUCUUCUCGAUUUUGUCGACCAAGAAGUGGGCGAAAAGGUUCGUCAAGAGCGUGAGCGGUGGAAGCAGUCGCCACCAAAGGCAUCGUUUGAGAUGCUGUGGUUAUUGUUGAAGCCUGGUAUCAAUGUGUACGAGCAGUACAACCCGCAGUGGGAAGACGGAUCGAAAGAACCGUGGAUCUUGGAAAACGUUGACUUCGAUCUUAUGAAUCAGUCUUGGGAUUAUUAUAAAGUCAAUCUGUGGUAUCUAGGGAAUAACGCAACCUCCAUUCGGGCUUUUUCGUAUGACACCAAAAUCACGCGGUUCCAUGGAGAGAAGCCAAUCGAUCAGUUGAGCCUGUUUCCAUGCGAGUUCUUCCGAGAUCACGAUACCUAUUGGACAGAGUUGGUUGCCCGCGGGAAACUCAUGGUUUCGCUGCAGCAGAAGAAGUGCAUGUAUUUUGAAGGAGAGAGCUGCGACAACCCGCGGCAAUCGUUUCGAGGUUACGUUAUGGUCGACCCUGUCCAAGCAGCUGAAGACGAAAAGGAGGACCACAAGCCGGAGCUCAUGGUUGACCAAAAAGCUUCCCAGUUGCCAUUGUGCUCAUGCAAACGUUGUUCUGCUAUCAAAUGCGAAAGGCAAGAGCCAGCCAAAUUCAAGGGUUGGAAAAGUAUUGCCUUCAAAGACAAGGAAAGUAUGACCGAUCAUCAGUACUUCAUAAGUGCAAACAACGUCAUGGCUUUCGUGCUGUCAGUGCGGGAAUGGAAGCUACUCUUCGUUAAAGGCUUCAAAGAACCCAACUGGAACCCGAAACUGAUGGACAGUCUUUUUCUGAAAGACGAGACCAAAAAGAUGCUUCAAAAUUUGUCCAGUCUGUACAUGCAACACAGCCAGGAGCCUGGCAGUCACGAGACAGUAGUCCCAACUGGUGACCGCCCUCUAGCUAGGCCAUGGAAUGCCGACUACAUCGAAGAUAAAGGCAAGGGUUUGGUGUUGCUGCUGCAUGGAAAGCCAGGUGUAGGUAAAACCUACACUGCUGAAUGCAUAGCGCACAGUAUCAAGCGCCCGCUGCUCUCGAUCACAUGUGCAGACAUUGGAGUAGCUGCAGUCGAAGUAGAGACUAAGCUGAGGCGCUGGUUCAAGAUUGCGAGGCGCUGGAACGCCGUCUUACUCAUUGAUGAGGCCGAUAUAUAUUUCGAGUCACGUCAAACACAGGACUUGGACAGGAACAACCUUGUCGCAGCGUUUUUGCGCGCCAUUGAGUACUACGAUGGGAUACUUUUCCUCACCACCAAUCGAAUUGGCACGUCUGAUGAGGCAGUCUGGUCUCGUAUCCAUACAACAAUCUACUACGACGACUUCGACAAUGAUCAACGGCAGCAAAUCUGGAAUACGUACUUCAAGAAACUUGAGAAAGAACGUCAAGACAUUAUCAUCUCAGAAUCAGCGAGGACAUACGUAGAAACGGCUCCAGUGCUGAAAGAAUCCAAAUGGAACGGGCGUGAGAUCAGAAACGCUUUCCAAAUUGCCGUGAACCUUGCGCAGGCAGAAGACGCGAGGGACGAAAAAGGUCGAUUCGUGGUUGAAAGGGACCAUAUCAAGGUUACCGCUGACUUGUUGAAAGACUUCAAGGAGUAUAUGCACACACUCCACAAGAAGUCAGCCAGUCAACGUGCCCAGAGAGAAGGACUUAGGUAUGAUGCAUAUAACCAUACAGGCGGACCACGAGAUGACUACUACUGA